UCUUUCCUCUAUUCUUCAGCAUUUUCAAGAUGAAUAUGAAUAUAAUUAAUGCUUAUUGAGCUGCAUUAUUGUAAAUUGGAUGGAUCUGUGAAAUUUUUGUUCUAUUUUUGAUGAAAAUUUAUGGAUUUUUGACAUUUGAGCAAUUGGGUACAUUUUCUCUGGUAAUGCUUUGAAUUCUAUGCGUUUGAAUAUGAAAGUGCAUUUUACCUUUUGUCUGCAUUUAAAUUUAAGUGGCAAAUCUAUGAUGAAACUACUUUUUCUGUGUGAAAAUAAAAUAAUCGAGAAAGAAAUAAGGGAGAAAUUGAUUGCCGUAUCACUUUUUUGUAUUUGAAUGUGAUUUAUAAUGAUUUUGAAUUUGAUUUGUUUAGAUUUUCAUGUGUUCCGUUUGGGUCUUGUAGGAACUGUUCUAUUAUUUUAACCAGAAAUUAUGGGUUCUUGCUUUUGUUGACCAAAUUACAAUCUUUGCCUUUUGACGUUUCUCCUAAAUGUUUGGUCAUAAUACUUUUCCUUUACUGCGGGUUUGUUUAUUUUCAAAUGAAUUGUCCAUUUCCGCUUUAGCUUAUUUUUCUGAACUCAGAUUACUUUUUAUUAUUAAUUUUAGUAUUUCAAAUCCCUAUCAUCAUCUGGAAUAGUUUGGCAAGGUUUGUACUAUGCUACCAUCUACAGUAGUUCUUGUGACUUUAAAUUUCAUCAGAAUUAUAUAACAUGUAAAAUGUGUUGUUUCCUAUUUGGUCAAGGCCAGAGACGAAGUAUUCUAACCAGAAGGAUAGACGUUACUAAUAUUAGUUAUUUGCCUCUUUUAUAUGAAUUCUGGUUACUCUUAAAUUGUCCAACUAUUAGCUAAUUGGUUAGAUUUUAUUCAUUCGUCGUAAUACUCAAAUUCAUUGAUAGGUAAAGCUUUGUCCUUGCUUCCUCAUUUGGCGAUUCUGAUGGACUUUGUUAUUGUAGACCUUAUUGUAUUUGAUCGAACAAUAGGAAGGAAAUUGAAUCUUGCCUUCAUGGACCUUAGGAUUUAUUAAUUAUCUGCUACUAUUUUUUUUCCAAGAAAAAGGCACUUGAUAUUUUGCUUUUAAUUUCCUUCAAUAUAAUUUGUUCCUAUUUAUUUCCUUUACGACCGGGGAGUUGGUUACCUAGCAAGUAGGUAAGUUAUCUUUGCCCCGUUCAUUUAAAAGCAAACUUAACUACGUAAGUUGUCUUUGUGAUUGAAGGGAGACGCAAGUGCAGUCUGGUGCAUUAUUCGAUAAUUCGGUUGUGUGAAACAAGUCCUUGAACGAGAAUGGGAGCAGGAGGCCGUAUGACUGUUCCGGCUACCAAAGGUGAAGAAAAGAAGAACCCUCUUAAAAGGGUUCCUUACUCAAAGCCUCCAUUCACGGUUGGUGACAUCAAGAAGGCCAUCCCACCCCACUGCUUUAAGAGAUCUCUCUUGCGCUCAUUCUCCUAUGUUGUAUAUGACCUAUUUCUCAUUUCCCUAUUUUAUUACAUUGCUACAUCGUACUUUCAUCUACUUCCAUCCCCCUUCAGCUACCUUGCUUGGCCUGUUUACUGGAUCCUUCAAGGCUGCGUUUGCACUGGAGUCUGGGUCAUUGCCCAUGAAUGCGGUCACCAUGCAUUCAGUGAUUACCAGUGGGUCGAUGACACAGUCGGUCUUAUCCUCCACUCUACCCUCCUAGUACCCUAUUUUUCUUGGAAAUAUAGUCAUCGACGACACCAUUCCAACACAGGUUCCCUUGAUCGUGAUGAAGUCUUUGUCCCGAAGCCUAAAUCCGAACUCUCGUUUUUCUCCAAAUACUUGAACAAUCCACCAGGCCGAGUCAUGACACUUGUUAUCACACUUACACUCGGCUGGCCUCUAUACUUGGCCUUUAACGUUUCGGGCCGGCCUUAUGAUCGUUUCGCCUGCCACUAUGAUCCGUACGGCCCAAUUUAUAAUGACCGUGAACGACUUCAAAUCUACAUUUCUGAUGUGGGUGUCAUCACCACAACAUACAUCCUUUACCACUUUGCUUUGGCCCAAGGAUUUGUCUGGCUUACAUGUGUCUACGGAGCGCCGUUACUCAUUGUGAAUGGCUUCCUUGUCCUGAUUACAUACCUGCAGCACACACACCCUUCAUUGCCACAUUAUGAUUCUUUGGAGUGGGAUUGGCUGAGGGGCGCUUUGUCAACUGUUGAUCGAGAUUACGGCGUUCUGAAUAAGGUUUUCCACAACAUUACAAAUGCGCAUGUGGCUCAUCACCUCUUCUCAACCAUGCCGCACUAUCAUGCAAUGGAGGCAACUAAAGCAAUUAAGCCACUAUUAGGUGAGUACUAUCAGUUUGAUGGAACUCCGUUUUACAAGGCUAUGUGGAGAGAGGCGAAGGAGUGUCUUUAUGUCGAGCCAGACGAGCCAAACAAGGGUGUUUUCUGGUAUAAAAACAAGUUUUGAAGACAAUAAAAAUAUGGUUAGUGCUAUGUAUUUGUGUUAGUGAAAUUGUGUCUUUCUUAUGUUGUAUGGAGUGAAGAAAAUCAGAUUUCUUUUCCUCUGACAAAAUGUGUCCUCAAGUUAGUGUAUCUCCACAGAAGAACUGUUAUGUCCUGGUGUGCUUGUGAGGAAUGUUAACUUGUGGACACGUGAUUUUGAAUUGCUUUUAAACUUUGGAUUAAUGGAAGAUAAGUGAUUAGCCCUUUUUGAA